AUGACCUUUGACAGUAAACACCCGAUCUUUGUUGAAAAUGAAGUAGCAUUUUCAAAUUCAUAUAUCCGAGUAUUUUACAAAGGAGUCGACUUUUCAUUCUGUUUACAACAACAUUGUUGGAUACUUAAAAGUGGCGAAAAAGACCACAGUUCUUACUUUAAAGAACAUCACCAACAACACCGAAACCCCAGUCAACAAGAAAUGGAAAAUUACAAAGCUUUUAUAACAGCCGACACAAACUCCAAAAUAUCAAAAAUAUCACAUCCAAGCGACCCAUCAAUUAUGUACACUAAAAAUGAUAUGUGUAUUUCAUUUGCUAAAGGUCCUUUUAUUAAACAAAGAAAUCUAUUUUUGUUUAAAUUAUAUGAUGAUAAACACUUGAGUGAAAACAACGUCAAUCAAUAUGAAACACCAGUGUUUGAUUCGGAGUGUCAAUCAACACAACAAAUACUAAAAACAAUAAAUGGUGGAUUUGACGACGAUGAAGAUGAAGCUGAAUUUGAUGAAAUUCUGUUAGAUGAAAUGCUGAGAGCCGAGAGAAUUAUUGAUCAAGAAGAAUUAAAUGAACACGAUGAAUCAUCAGAAUAUGAACAAAUGUUGAAUGAUGAUCUUAUUGAAGAUAUUAAGAAUAAGAAAUUGUUCGUAGGAGUUUCAGAAAAUCUCACAACACCACUUGUUAAAGAAUUGGAAGCGUUUGAGGAUAGGGCCUUUAUCACCUACCAUGUUAUUGGCUACAAAGAUUUAAACAUUCAAGCUGUGUGCGAAAGUGUGCGCAAAUUUUCAUAUGAUAAAACAUCAAGUUUCAUAUUGGAGCGUUUCAUUGUAGCAUACGAAUAUCUAUUUAAAGAUAUUGGAACAAUCACAAACAAAAAGUUUCUUUCAAGUGUGAUGGUAAUACAAAGAAUGGUUGUUGGCUAUGUAAUGAACAAUGAGGCCGUUUCUUCACACAUGAGCGAAGAACAAAUUCGAACAAUUAAAAGGUGUAUUCUCAUGUCACAUGCAGCAUUUAGUAGAGAUACCCUGAAUCGUGCAAAGAAGUUAGCAUUAAGUGCAAAAACGAGUAAGACACAACUGAUGAGUAACAACACUGCCCAACGAAACCAAAUUAAAGCAGAAAGAGACCUUCACAAGUGUAUUGCAAUAUCUGUAGAUUCAACCACGAAAGGUGACCAAGAAAUAUUCUGUGUUUUCGUGCUUUUAGUUCAAGGUAAACGUGUCUACUCAAUGCCACUGUUAUUACAAGAAUACAAAGGAUCAACAGAUGCCAAAACAUUAGCAAAGUGGCUUGUUGAUAAAAUUACCAGACUUGGAUUUAACUGUUAUAGAAUUAUCAACUGUACAACAGAUGGUGCAUCAGUGUGUUCUGGUUUGGAUGGAGGACUUUCAGUGGAAAUGAAUGAAUUAAUCAACAAAGAUGAACCUUCAGGUAUAGCUCUUAUUGAUACAGAAAUGAAAAACUUUUGGUGUAGUGCACAUUGUGUAGCUCUAACUGGUGAAGGAUUAGAUAAGGAGCCUGAGAUAAAAAUGUUGAAAAUAUUAUGUCAAUGGUUCUGUAGAAAACGAAAAUCGUCUGACUAUAAUCAACAUUGCCAAAUUGAACACAGAAUAAAAGCAACGUAUUCCUUUACUCGUUGGUGCUAUAUAUACAAAAACGUUGAAGAUAUCACCAACAAUUAUGAACAAGUUGCAAAUUAUUUAAGUACUGGAGAACCACUUGAAAGUCUCAUGACAGAAUUUGAUAAAAAUGGCAUUGUGUUUGGUCAAGAUGGUGUACAUUUUAUCAAAAGUACACAAAAGGAUUAUGAUGUGGCAGAACAAUGUCAAAACGCAAGUGAUAUGGCAGAGGAAGAACCAGUUCAAAGAAUUCUCUAUAAUAUAAACAAUGAAAACAUCAAGAAAAUAUUUUUCAAUGCAAAAGAAGUAUUUAGAAUAUUGCUUACUCUCGUUUUUUUUUAUUGCAAGAAGAUGACUGUCUUUUGUUUGAAUACGUUGAACACCUUGAAUUAUUUGAAAGUUAUAUUGAUAUUUUACUGA